CCCGCCCGCCUCGCUCCCUGACCUUCCAAUCCCCGACUCAAGCACGACCACCACCCAGCUGUGAAGCAUUCAACCGCCGCCGUCGAGACCGCACACCUACCCAUCACGCACACACGCCGACGACAAUCGCUGCGCUCUGCACCGAUUCGCACCGACCCUACGCCAUGGUAUGAUCGGCGCAGCAGCGCCUAGCAGCCCGCCUCAUUCUCCGCCGCUGCCACCGUCGUCGUCGCCGCCAACAUCAUGGACGACGCACCCGCGCCCAAGCUGUCGGAGCUGCUGCGGCACCCCGACGACCUCGACAAGAUCCCCGCGCUCAAGCUCGAGUUCACGCGGAAAAAGGGCGCCGUCGACGGCCAGCUGCGCAAUGGCCUGCGGGAGCAGCUCGAGACAACGCAGUCGGGCAUGACGGGCCUGAGCGACGGCCAGAAGACGGUGCAGAUGAUCAAGGAUGAGAUGAUGAGCAUCGACAGGCUGUGCUCCGAGUCGCAGACCAUGAUCAAGGACUUUGCCAGCAUCAACCUGGUGUCGCAGGCGCACCGCAACUUUGGCGCCGUCGAGGCCAUGCGCCGCAACCUCGAGACCUUCAACGAGCGCCUGACCGUCGUCGAGGGCAUGCUGCGCCAGGACGACGACGACCGGGAAAACAUGCCCAACCUGCUGCCCUGCCACUACGAGCUGACGCAGCUGCGCAACAUCCGCGACGACGCCAUGGAGCAGAUCCAGCGGGCCGACGACCCCAGCCUCGAGUCCACCCUCGAGGACUACUUUGCCCGCCUCGACGACACCAUCGACUGGUUCGACGAGCACGUCGGCAUCCUCGCCAUGAACCUCAUCAACCUCGUCGUCAACGACAACAACGGCCUCGUCGUGCGCUUCGCCGUCGUCAUGGAGGCCGAGGAGCGCAGCGACCAGCGCGUCGCCGCUCUGCAGGAGGCCCUCAAGGACCACGAGGAGAUGGCGGUCCGCUUCCAGAGCAUCACCGACGGCGCCAAGAAGGUCCGCGGCUACAAGGACAAGUUCCUCCAGGCCAUCCGGCUCAGCGCCGAGCAGCAGUUCGACCAGGCCCGCGACGAGUUCCUCGACGACGCCACCCAGCUCGAGAAGAUCAUGAAGUGGUACUUCAACGACCUCAACGCCGUCAAGAUCGGCAUGACGCCCCUCAUGCCCAAGAAGUGGCGCAUCGCGAAGACGUACGCCGACACCUACCACCAGCUCAUGCAUGACUUUCUCGUCGGCAUCGUCGAGGACCCCCAGGGCAGCUCGGCCCACACGCUCGAGAUUGUGAGCUUCCCCGAAAAGUACUACAAGAAGAUGGCCAAGCUGGGCUUCCGCCAGGAGGACCUGACGCCGCACGUCAUCGACAACCGCGAGGCCGAGCUAGUGCGCGACUUCCGCCAGCUCAUCAUCAAGUUCCUCGACGAGUGGAUCGACCGCAUCUUCGACCAGGAGAAGCGCGACUUUGCCGACCGCAACGUCGAGGGCUCCAACCUCGACCAGGACGAGUACGGCUACUUCCGCACCAAGAACCUGGUGGCCCUGUGGCGCAUGUUGCGCGAGCAGGUCGAGGCUGGCGCCGGCUCCAAGCGCACCGACGUGGUCGAGGGCGUCGUCGACGCCAUGUUCCUGCGCCUGCGCGCCCGCCAGCAGGCCUGGCAGCGCCUCCUCGAGGACGAGGCCCUGCGCUACGAGUCGUUGUCGGCCGGCAAGAUGGCGGCUGUGGCGGCGGCGGCGGCGGGGACGGGGACGGGGACCUCGGACGGCCUCGACGGCUUCCAGGCGCUUCAGGACUGGCUCGUCGCCACGGCCAACGACCAGAUCGCCUGCAUCGACGACAACGAGGAGGAGAACCGCCUCGGCUACCUGUCGAGCUUCCGCCAGAUGCUCGAGCCGCACGUCUCGCCGCCGUACCUCGAGCGCGCCGACCACGAGGUGGCGGCGCUGCGCGACGGCUACGUCGACUUCAGCACCUGGUGCAUCACAAAGUUCGCGCAGCUCGUCUUCGCCGUCGACUUCAAGACGGUCAUGCCCGACUUCUUCACGCCGCGCUGGUACCCCAACACGGCCAUGAAGCAGAUGGUGGUGACGUUUGAGGAGUACGUCAACGACUACCGCCAGGUGCUGCACCACUCCCUCGUCGACAUCUUCACCGAGAUCUUCGCCGACGAGCUGCUCGUCCACUACCUCUCGGCCGUGCGCAACAAGGGCGCCCGCUUCCGCCGCGCAGACCCCUUCCGCGACAAGCUCUUCAACGACAUCUCCACCGCCUUUGAGCUCUUCAACAACCUCCCCAACCCCGACGUCGGCCAGGCCAUCAAGCAGACCUGGCGCGCCACCGAGCCCUUCCUCCGCCUCCUCUCCGCCGACAAGGACGCCGUCCCCGACGAGUUCGCCGCCUUCAAGUCCCAGUACUGGGACCUGCAGAUCAGCUGGGUCGAGGCCGUCCUGCGCGCCAGGGACGACUUUGACAGGGCCAUGCUCAACGCCGUCAAGGCCAGGGCCGCCCAGAUGGACGUGACGAGGGGGCCCGAGACCAUCAUGAGCAAGGUGAAAUGAAUGUAACGAAAGCCCCAUCCCCAAAUGAGGGAGCUCAGGCGGACUUUUGCGGACGGCGCAGCCAGACGAUGGGCGUCUUCUAUUCCAUCACGCUCGCCCCCUCACCGCCCUUGAUAUAUCCGUCGACAUGGUGUAUCUGUUAUUGGGCUGCCCGCAUCAAGGAUACCAACGAUUUGUUUGUUUUUUCAACCGCGAGGGGGGGAUCCCAGGUAGUAGUAGUCGUACGCAUGCUCACAGAGAGAAAUGUACGUUCUGAAGAGACGGUUUGGCCCCCCGAUAGAUAGAGAGUGUGCGUGAGUACUUCGCAGUAGUAGCGACUUGAGCAAUAGUAUCAUUGGAAGAGAAACCACUCCCCCACCGUCUCAAUCGUCUCUGUCUGCCUGUAUGCCUA